AUGUCAACACCACUUCCGAUGUGUGACACUUGUACUGAAGAAUAUCCUUACAUGGAUACCAAAACUCUUCCAACAUGUGGAGCCUGCCUACAUGAUAACGCUCUAGAUUCAGCCGAGGAUCGUUCAACAGUACCACCUUUGAAUUACUGCAAGGAUGGGUGUGGAAUGACAUUACCUGCCAAAUUUCAUGAAGGCAUGUGUCGCCCCUGCCAGCGAAAAAUACAACAGUAUCAAGAAAAUCAGCAGACAUCUCAUUCAACCAAGCUGCCUGUCCUUGUUGAUGAGGUUGACCCAGCACGAUUAUCAGCGAUCCAAUCAAGCUUCACCCUACCUCAGCUUCCAUCACGGUCUCGUAAUCCAGUCAUGCCUGUUCCCCCUGUCGCUGGCUCCUCUAGACCAAACAAACGCCCAGCUCAAAACCCACCACCAUCCCAAACCUCCUUGCUAGGACCGGAUCGUGAAGAAGCUUAUCAACACGGAGAAUCAGCAGCUAAGAAGAUCUGCUUGGAUAGGAUUCAGGAAAACAAGAAGAAAUCACGUCCAACCGCAAUUGGACGCAUGCAUAAGAAGAAGAUUGAAACUCUGAUUGCCCCAGCUUUGAAAUCAGUUGCAGUUAAACUCAAGUAUAAUUUACAAAGUGGUUCAAAGUCACACAGUCUCCCACAGCAUAUGCACGACAUCGAUUUCACUGAUCCAGAUUGGGAGAUCAAGAUCAUGGAAGCAGCCAUCAAACACUUCCAGAAAACCUCAUUGGGAAUAUUUCCCCCUACAAAAAGAGACGUAGAUCGAUUACCUGCUCUUCCCGAUUUCAAUUCUUCAUUUUAUUCUCUUGGUGUCCUUGGCACCAUGAUGUCAGGAGAUCGUCUUCAACAAGCUAUUAUAUCUCCCAAUCGUAAUCCACGUCAGCAAUCGGUCCCAGGGCCUCUAGUGGUCACUCUUUUUUUUGCCGCUGCAACCUACUUGUCUUUCAUGAAUCCACCCAGCUCAAACUUUGGCAGUGAUUCCGAAACAAAAGAUUCUGAACCCAAAAAUGAUAGUAGUCAAUCGGAGUCAACUCACAAAAUCGGAACUCCUCUCCCAGAUGGUCAUCCUGCUAGUGAUGGUCAAAUUAUCACAACCAUCUCAUGGAGUGAUGCUUUACAAUCGCAACUUGGGAUAGGACACCAGAUCGCCUUAUUUUCCAGUUUUUCAAUUCGAUCAUUUGGUGGUGUCUUGCCAAGUGUUGAAGAUUUGGCAAGACCAUUGAGAUAUAGCAUCCCUUGGAGCAACGCUAUACUUAUGGCCCUUACAAACUCAAACACUCGGUCUUCCCUGGAAGAAAACUCUCAACCUCUUGUUUUUGGUCAGUGGGGGACUUUAGCAGCAGUCGAAGAUCAGUUCUUUGGUGAGGGGAAAAGGCAUCGCUCUUUUAGGACAACCUUGUAUAUUGAUGGAGGAUGUCGUAAAGUCGUGGCUAAGGAGAUAAUCACUGAAGGAUGUGGUGAUCAAGCCGCCUACCUUAAGGACUCAGUGGUUUACCAUCAAACUUCAUGCCUGCUUGAAGAUUGCAAACUGGAUAUGUUUGUGCAAUACGAUGUCACCAUUGCUCAAAAGAGAAUCUUGAACUCUUUACAGGUUGUUUUCAAUAUGGUCAUGAUUCAAGAAGACAAUUAUUAUAAAGUCGAAGAGCUCCUUGAUCAUUCACCAGAAACAAUCCCUACGAUGAUCGAUGAUACCCUGAAAGCACCGAUUUCAUUAUUAUCUGAUGCUUUGAAUGCGUUUGGACAUUACAUAUAUGAUUACUUCAAAGGCCAAGCACUUAUUUUCAAUAUCAAGACAGUCAAUGGUCGCUUGACUGGCAUGCGUAUGGUUGAUCGAAGGUUUCAGUGGUCCACAAGCAACAAGCUUCCAGAUGAGAUCCACACUUUUAAGCUGGAGCAUUUAUGUGGAGAAUGCUGCAAGGUUCUCAAAUUGAAAUCAGCCGACUUUGAGUAUCCCACAAGUGAUGAUAGGGCUGAUAGUGGAAUACAAGCGGCUAUUGAUCCAGUUCUUGAAACAAUUGAACACACCAGAUUGAAUUAA